GAAACGAUGACACUCAAAAGCAAGGCUGUUGAAUCAGAGAUCUAUGCGUCUUUAGGAUUGGAUGGAAAACAAAAGAGUGUCUCGGAAACUCCCCGAGUUGUUUCAAUUAUUUCUGCUCUUCUUCAGAGAACGAUUAACAACAAUGAGAAAUUAUUGACGGGAUCAAACAAAAAGAACGCUGUUACCAUCUUCCAUGGCUCGAAAGCACCCAAUAUAAACAUUCAACAGUACCUUGAGCGAAUUUUCAAGUACUCCAGCUGCAGCCCUUCUUGCCUUGUGGCUGCAUACAUAUACCUCGAAAGAUUCAUUCAGCGGACAGGUGCUUAUCUUACGUCCCUCAAUGUUCAUCGGCUUCUAAUCACGAGCUCUAUGGUUGCUGCAAAAGUCCUCGACGACGACUGUUAUAACAAUGCCUACUAUGCCAGAGUCGGGGGAGUUAGCACUGCAGAAAUGAAUAGGUUGGAGAUGAAGUUUUUAUUCGGUGUGGAUUUUAGACUGCACGUAACUGCAGAGGACUUUUUGAAGUACUCUCUGCAGCUUCAGAAGGAGGGUCUUGACUCUUGA